UACUACGUUUUCUCUACGUAAGGAAGAAGCAAGAAGCAGGUAGCAGCUAGCAUACCACACUCGAUCGAUCAUACACAUACACCAUGCCGGCCGCGCAGCACAUCGAACGAGACCAAGACCUCGCCAUGAGCAGCGACGAGUUACUUCAAGCUCAGCUGGAGCUCUACCACCACGGCCUCGCCUUCGUCAAGUCACUGGCGCUCAAGGCCGCCACGGACCUGCGCAUCCCCGACACCAUCCACCGCCGGGGCGGCGCCGCCACCUUGUCCGAGCUGGCCUCCGACACCGGGAUCCACCCCACGAAGCGCUCCAACCUCCGGCGGGUCAUGCGGGUGCUCACCACCACCGGGGUAUUCUCCAUUGUCCAAGGCAAAGGCAGCAACGACCACGCCGGUGAUGGCGCUGCGUAUUACAAGCUCACGCGGGUCUCCCGGCUCCUUGUCGAGAGAUCACCGCACAACCUGUCCCCGAUGGUGGGCACCAUCGUCAACACGUUAUGCUGGACCUCUCUCCUCAAAAUGCCAGAGUGGUUUACCCAAGGCCAAGAGGGAGAGUCGGCACAGUCGCAGUCGCUCGUCCAGCUGGCCAACGGCUGCACGUUCUGGGACACCACCAAGGUCGAAGGCGGCUUGUUCAACGACGGCAUGGCCGCGGACAGCCGCAUCGCCAUGAAGGUCCUGUUGAAAGAGCACGGCGGAGCGUUCGGGGAAGUGAAAAGCUCGCUGGUGGACAUCGGCGGCAACCAUGGCGCUACCGCGUCGGCCGUGGCGAGAGCGUUCCCGCACCUCAAGUGCACCGUUCUGGACCUCGCACACGUUGUCGCCGCGGCUCCCGCCAGCGACAUUUUGACCUUCGUCGCCGGAAAUAUGUUCGAGUAUGUCCCACCUGCGGAUGCUGUUCUACUCAAGUGGAUUUUGCAUGACUGGAAACACGAAGAUUGCGUCAAGAUAAUGCGCCGGUGCAAGGAAGCGAUCCCAGCGAAAGAAGCCGGAGGAAAGGUGAUAAUUAUCGACAUGGUGGUGGGAUAUCCGGUGACUCAGCCCAACGAUUCCAAAGAGGCGCAGGUUUUGUUAGAUAUCUACAUGAUGGGCUCCGAUGGAAUGGAGCGAGAGGAAAACGAGUGGAGCUUGAUUUUCUCCGAAGCCGGGUUCAGCGACUACAAGAUCACUCCAACCAAUGGGAUUCGAUCAAUUAUCGAAGUAUACCCUUAAAUGUUCUUAUAUACUUCCACUUCGGAGAUACUAUCUCCUUCCGUCCUUACGUGUUUAUUAGUCUUGCACGUGUAAUCAACUUGGUAAAUUAGCAGCCAAGAUACACGUGGAAGACUUAUAAACUGGAAAGGAAGGAGUAUUUAUUCUGCUCGUCAUUUGAUUUGUAAUAAAUGUCACCUGUAUUAUUGCAUUUAAGUUUUACUUUUUGUUUAUAGAUUUUCAAAUUUGCUUCUCUUUAGUUUAUUUCAUUUUUUCCGCCCAUUGUACCGCACCUAUGUAAUCUACAUAAAUUGUUCUUUUCUUUACAUACAUUAACAUUUCUUCUGCAGUUACCAAACAUUUACACGUGUAUUUGUUCUA